AUGAGGCUCGGGAGCAUGCGUUCCCUUUACUCUCAAGGCCUCGUUUACGGUUCUGACUUUGAAUCAAAUAUGGCCGAUUAUGCGGCUGUUUAUCCUACCUUCUAUGAAGCGUUAGCCUUCUUUAGGAACAGGGAAGCACUCAUGCAAUCAGUGCUUCAAGUCUCGACCUCCACUCCUCUGUAUCUGGCUGCGGAGGAAGAGGACACGUGGAACGACUCCGCGUGGGACUCCUCUUCUGCUGCAGAGGAGUCUUCUGAGGUUCCAGAAGGCUCCUCUGUGACGGCAGAGACGUCUUACGAGGGUGCAGGGUAUUACUCUGAAGCCUCACAAUAUCAUUCUGCUGAUAAUAAGGACCUUUCGGCAGAGACGCCUUGUGAAGCUGUAACGUACGCCCCUGGAGCCCUUGUGGAGCCCCUGGAGGACAUUUCUGGUGCUACUGAGGGAGCUGAGGGCCUGACGGAGACUGCAGAGGCUCCUCUUGAGGCGGCAGAGGAGUCCAGCACUGGCUGCAGCGACGGUGGCGUGGUGAAGAAGGCGAGCAUAUCUAAAAUCGAAAUUUGCAGCGGUGACAAUCACAGCAGCAGUUUCGGUUUCACCUUGGCGUGGGCUCAAGUCACCAAGGAGGUGCUGAGUGGCGUUUUCAACACCUUCAGAAACGGCAGAAACAAGAAAUCGGCUGAAACUGCAGCAGAGGUGUGUACAGAGGGGACUGCAGCGGUGGGUGGUGCAGUGGGUCCCACUGCAAGCUCAGCUCUUUCGGUUGCAAGCAAGGGAUCAGGCUCGAGAAUGGCAACAGGCAGGCUGAGGGAGCUGCCUUCCCGCAUCCCCAAGCCAAGCAAGGGCAGUGCAGGAGGUGCUGUGAAGCGUGGGACGAGGCCGGCAGCAGAAACUGCAUGCCUGCCGCCGUCCCUCAUUCCCAAGCCACGUUCAGCCAAGACUGCACAUCCUGCGGUGGAAGCUCUGGGAACAAAGCAAGCAGCUGUGGGCAAAUAUGGCAACUGCAGCAGCAAGGCCUCCUUGGAGGCCGUGAGAGGUGCAGUGUGCGGUGGAGAGUGGGAGGGUGGUGCUGAUUGGAGCGAGCAGAGAGCAGCCAAGGUACAGCUGGGGAAGGCACGGGGUGGUGGACAGUGGGGAGGAAGGCGGCAACACUUUUUGCACCCUGCUGGUCAGGGUGUUGUAGCAACUGGAUGGUGGGUUGGAGCAUGGAGGCUGGAUUGUGGAGUGGGGCUGAAUGAAACGACUGAAGCUGCUCAUGUGCUCUCCAAUGGGUCAGAGGCUGGGCCAUGUGAUGACCGAGGCUUGUCAUGGGAUGUUGCUGCUGGUGGUGUGCUGCUUAGUUGGUCAGUGUAG